AUGGUGAUAGUUAUUGAUGAUAAUAAUAACAAUGAUAACAAAAAUUAUAAUAAUACAAAUAGUAAUGGCGACAAUAACAGUAAUAGUAGUAAUUAUAAUGGACCCAAAUUGGUAAAUGCAUUUGGUAAUUUAAUGAAUUUCGAAUUAUCAAGAUGA